AAUAUUAAUUCCUUCCAUAUUUGUUUACAGAAGAUGUGCUCAUUAAAGGAUAUUUAACACUUCUAAAAACUGGAUAUUUAACUGUCAAAAGUGCUAUCAGGCUGUUUUUUAGUUUGCAGUAAUCUUAUCAACCACCUUUGUCAUCUUGUACACUUUCAGAACAAUGGUAAUGGAAACUCCUGGACCCCAGGAAGUUGGCCGGGAAUUUGUUCGGCAAUACUAUACUAUGCUCCAUGAAGCACCAUUACAUCUUCAUCGUUUUUAUAGCAAUAACUCUGCAUUUGUACAUGGAGGUGUAGAGAAAGCAGGAAAUGAACAACCUCCAGUCAUUGGUCAAGAGGCAAUCCAUAAAAAGAUAGUGUCACUCAACUUCAAUGAUUGUCAUGCCAAGAUUCGUCAGGUUGAUGCCCAGGCAACUGUUGAGGAUUCUGUUGUUGUUCAAGUGACAGGGGAACUUAGCAACAAUGGGGAACCCAUGAGACGAUUCAUGCAGACAUUUGUGCUGGUACCUCAGACCCCUAAAAAAUUUUAUGUCCACAAUGACAUAUUUCGAUACCAAGACGAAGUCUUUCAUGAUGAUGACGGCGAGGUUGAUGAUUCUGAUAGAUUUAUAACUGAUCCUAGAGAUGCUAUGGAUAAUGGUCAAGAUCAGGCUCCACAAAGCCCUGUGGUGUCAUCUCCUUAUUAUGAACAGGUGCCUUUGAGUAAUGGCCCAGCUCUAGAGGAACCAUUAAAAGUUCCUGAACCUUCUCCAGUUCAUAUUCAAGCGCCACCAGUUUCUCAAAAGCAGGAAGUCGAAAUAGUACCAGUCGUUGAAAGAGAACAGACUCGUGUUGAAGAAGUGUUGGUGCCUGAAGAGAAGUUUGAGCAUAAGAGCUAUGAGCCGAAGGCAGAGUCGAAGCCAGCUGUUACUGAACCAGUUCAACAGGAGUUUAAUGAACCCCAGCCAGGGCCAAAGCCAGUAACUUGGGCAGCUUUGGCUAGUAAAAAUACACCUGGUGGUGUUGCUCCUCCCCAAAGCUCCUAUCCUCCUCCCCCAGUUAGUCAUGCAGCUAAGCCCCCACCAUCUCGUACUGAGCCACCAAAGCAGGAUGGUGUUUCAUCACAGCCACCUCAGUCUCAAAGGGCACCUAGGGCUCCAAGGGAACGCUAUGUUGAUCGUGAAAGGAAUAGUGUUAGCCGUGGUGAUGGGGAUGGUGAUGCAGACAGUGUUAAUGGACGUCGUUCUAACAGUGUUGGGGGUGGAGGAUCUAAAUAUGCUGAUAAUCAACAGCUUUUUGUUGGCAACUUGCCACUCAACAUAACUGAGGCGGAAUUAAAAGAAUUUUUUGAACAGUAUGGCCGUGUUGAGGAACUGAGAAUCAAUACAAAAAGUGGAGGUGGAAAAGUGCCAAAUUUUGGGUUUGUGGUUUUUGAAAGCCCUGAAAUUGUGCAGGAAGUUUUAAAAUUAAAGGCUAAUCAGUCAAUCAAGUAUAAAGGAGAACAUCGUCUGAAUGUUGAAGAGAAGAAGCCCCGAGAUGGCCUGCGAGGUGGUAACAGAGGCAUGUCUAGGGGAGGUGGCAUGGGUGGACAAGGCAUGGGAAGAUCUUCUGGUCCACCAUAUGGCAAUGAUCGUGGUGGCCCUGGAGGACGUGGCAACAUUAAAAGUGGCAGCGGGUUUAAUAAUCGACAAGAUAUGCGUGGCUCACCCAAUCGUGGUGGAAUGUCCCAAGGACGUCGCUGACAUGACUUGUUUCCCAUCAUUUAAUGUUUAAAAAAAAAAAUCAGACCUGACUUUAGGUUUUAAAAAAAAAUCUGCUUUUAAGGUGUGUGCGUCUUUACCUUCUAACCUUUAUUUAUAUCAUUGUAUUUUUUUUAAACAUUUGGCUAGUUGGUCUGUAUAGCAGAAGGCUCAGUCAACACAGCUGGCACUGUGCUGGCCCAAUGUAUUGUUAACUGUCUAUGUACAGGGUUUUUGUCUGUGUGUCUCAUCAUAUUUCUUUAUCCUUGUAAAUAUCAGACAGAUUUUCAUUGUUGUGAUUAAUUCUUUGCUUAUUUUUACAUAGUUUACAGUUAAUUUUUUUUUUUUUUUUUUUUUUUUUACAAUUUUGUUUGUUGUUUUUUUUUUUUUUAAAUCACCACUUGCAUUGGUUUUGGUCAUAAAAAGUUCUUGAAAUAUUAAGGCUUUAUACAAAAGAAGCGCUAAGUAAACUUUUUGUUUACCCUUCAAGAGUUGAGAACUUUUUUGUUCUGUUGUACCCAGAAAAUAAAUCAAGCCAUGCAAUUAAAAAAAAAAAAAAUCAAGUUUGCUCCAAAGUAACCAAUUCUUUAAAAACAUUGUCCAAUACAUCACAGGAUGGAAGAUCGGUCUCAGUUGGUUGCUAUUGGAGAUUCUUGGUGUUGACAUAACUUAAUCAGUAUAUAUUAAAUAAGUUUAACAUUAGCUGUCACAGAACAUUGAUGGCAAGUAUGCAUUGGCAGGUGUGAACAGUAAAUAUAUUUCCAUCUUGUAAGCUCUGAUAACUAUAAGAUUGUGUGCAUAAUAUAUUUAUGACUCAGUGGCAUUCUGUUUGUUAAACUAAUUUAACUACUGUUAUGUUUUCACUGAACCAUUUGUAACUGCAGCUGUUUUGACAGGCUCCCUCCUACUAGCCUUAGAAUGGAAAGACGCACAUACUACAUCCUUCUCAUAUCAUUUUCAUAAGUACAGCAUUCGGAAUCCCCCACCACGUGUUAUCAUCCUUCCAUUGUCAUUGUUGUGAGAGCUGUAUGUUAGAGUAUGAGCAGUGUUCUUUGUAGUUAUAAUUCACUUGUUCUCUUGUAAAAAAACAAAAUGUGGGAAACCGCUAAAUAAACUUUUUUUUUUCAUGAUGAAUUCAUAUCUAAAAUGUUAUUUAAAAAAAGAAAAGUUGUAUAUCUGUGAAUGCCAUUUGUUAAAGUUUGUUGUGAUAAGCUGUGUUUGAUGCCUACGUGUUGUAUGAGAUGAAUGAAACAUCCGAGUCUGGUUCUGGCACUAUUGCGAGCAUGCCAUUAGUAAUAUUUACAAAUGCUCAAUUGCCAAGAAACUGGUUGAAAGUUUUACUGGAUUUGGUUACAUCUAUAGUGUGGUAUCGGGUUCCAAACUUGAAUUAUUUUCCUUUUCUGUCACACAUUGUGAUUCAGCAUCACAGUUUGUCCUCCUGUCCAAACUUGUACAUCAAUGAUGUAAUUAAAAGCUGUGUUAUCCUUGGCCAUGUCCUACUUUUAUUUGGCUUGACUUGUAGAUCAUACUUGGCCUACAAUUAUUACAGCUAUGCAAUUAUUUUAUUUGAUUAAAAAAAGAUUUUUAUUGGAUACUAAGUCAAUGAAACAAACUGCUAGUAGUUGGGUCAAACAUUCCUGAGAGACAAGUGGUGUAUUGUAAUAAUGAAACUUGUAGAGUGUAAAUGAAAUGUCCACUAGUUUGUAUUAUUGAAAAACUGACUUGAAAAAGACCAGGAAAUGGUGACAGUAUUUCUAGAAACCUGCUUGUAAGUAUUGUGAGUGACUGAAAAUCAUUUUGGGAGUCUAUUUGGAACAAAUUUUUGUUUUCUCAUUGUGUGCAUAUUUGUCUGUUGACUGCAAUAAAUUGAAGUUGAAUACUUAAUUCUGUUCAUCACAUUUUGUUUCAACUGCCUUCCAAAAACAUUUUGACUAAGUUUGUAAUAAAAAAAAAUGACCAGGUUUAGUUCUACAGGACUUGUUUUUAUGUCAGUUUUACUUCAUCCAAUGCAUCAUUUGAACAGGUUUGUGCAUGAAGUUUUAUACACUUUAAAGCUAAAAGUUGUAUUUAUUUAUAGAAUAUUAAAUUUUUCAGACUAUUUGCAGAUUAAAAUUCACCGCCAUCCCAAAUUGAGAAUGGUUAGAUUUGUGACUCCUGCCAAUACAUAAAGGGUAGUUUGUUGAGAUUUCCACUUGAUUAGACUCCUGUGACUUUGAAAUGAACAUUGUAUUUUUCUUCAGAAUAAACUUUGUCUUGAACUGGUUGA